CGCUGGCCCGCCCCGCCUUUCCCGGCGGAGGCCGCUCCCUUCCCGGCUCGGGUUACCUGGGCGGGCCGCCCAGCGCCUCUUCCCGUCUGGCCCGUCCCCGCAGCGCUGGGAAGCGGGGCGGCGGCGGCGGCGCUGCCGGACGCGGACAUGGGCCCUGCGGUCCCCGCCGGAGCCCGGCUCUUCCUCGCCCUGACGCUCUGCCUGGCGGCCGGGGCCGCGGAGCCCGAGGGGCGGCCAGCAGGAAGAAAAGUUCUCCCACCUCCAUCCAACCUGCAUUAUUCAUUUGGCCAGCUCUGUAAACUGAAAUGGACAUGGAAUCCCCCAGAGGGCAUGAACAGUGGCUGUGAUCUAGAAUAUUGCAGUGAAAUUUUGAUUAAUGGCAUCCCACAAGAAAACAGAGAAUGGAGUAGGAAUCUUUUUCGUGAGGAAGAUGUAUCCUUGAAUGAGGAGGCUCAUUUCAGAGUGAGAAGUGAAUGCAAAUCUGAUAAUACAAGUGAACCAAGCAACUGGGUGGAGAUUUCUACUCCACCAAAAGGUGCUGCAGGCACUGCUGCUGUUGGCAUAAAUUGCACUUGGUACAACUUAGAGUACAUGGUCUGUACAUGGCUUCCUGGACAGAAUGCAAGUGCUGGUACCAACUACACUCUGUACUACUGGUAUGACGGCCUGGGAAAUAACCAGCAGUGCCAGAAUUAUAUCUAUGGAGAUAACUUUGGAUGUAAUUUCAGUCUUUCCAUCCAAAAUUCCACAGAUGUGUAUCCAACUAUCAGUAUUUUGAUCAGAGACAACUCGGAGGAAAUUAGGCCUGUCUGUGCAAACAGAAAUCCAACAACAAUUGUAAAACCUGGACCUCCAAGGAUUGUAACGGCAUCAAUGAUCAAAGAUGAAAUGCACAUAGAAUGGCAAAACCCAGGCACCUUUCCACCACAUUGCUUAGUAUACCAAGUAGAGCUUAAAGACAGCAAAUCGGGCUCCGUUCAGCAACAUGAUAUUAAAGGCUACACUGAAGCUUGGUUUCCCAGUGUUCAUCCUAACACUGUUUACGUCGUCAAAGUGAGAGCAAGGGUUGAAGGAACAUGUUACAGCAGCAAUCGCUGGAGCGACUGGAGUGAGGAGAAGAGCAUUGGUGAAAACACAGACUUCACAUUCUAUAUUGGUUUAAUACUCACUGUUCCAUUAACAGUAGCAGUCGCUACUAUAAUUCUACUAGUGUACCUGAAAAGGCUCAAGAUACUAAUUUAUCCACAAAUUCCUGACCCUAGAAAAAUUAUUAAACGCAUGUUUGGAGAGCAAAUUGAGGACUUCCAGAGCUAUCCAGGGGAUGACUUUUUGAAUGUCCGUAAGCCAGCUAUGGAAGAGGAAAUCCACUAUUUAGUUUGGAUAGAGAAUCCAGAGAGCUCCACAUCUGAUAAUGAGGACCGAGAAAGACCUGCUUUACAAGUGAAAGCCUUGUGAGGAAGACUUCUUUGUUGCUCUUUGUUUACCUCGGAGGAUUUCUGAAUAUUGACAGUGACUUGUCUGCAAGGCAGACACCCACAUUCCAAACAGCAAACACCUGCUGAAAACUCACCUCUCUGGUGACACUCGCAAGAUAAAAUGCUGACCGUUGCCACCUUCCAUCUCUGCUAAAAAUGCUACCCAGAGCCACCACAAUAUGCAUGUACAUAAACCAUGCAACUGGACCCACAGCAGUGCCCCUCCUUCUGCCUAAGCCCAGCUCUUCUGACUACGUGCCUUUCUUACUUCUGCUCAUGCCUCACAUUUGGACUGUAAGCGGUUUGGAGCAGAAACUGGUUCUUCUGUGAAGCACCUUGCUCAGUUCGGUGAGAAGUAAAACAAUAAACAACUUGUUUACAGCUUAUCACUGCUAGAACAUAGGAACUGCCAAGAGAUUGGGUGGACCAUUUAAUCUGGCUUCCUGUCUCUGACAGUGGCCAGUUCCAGAGGAAGGUGCCAUAAAUCUUAGAGAGUAUUUAUGGAAUAACUACCUGUCUGUAAAGGAAGUUUUUUCCUAAUGCCAUCUGUUAGUGGCUGCUGAAACCAAAGAGGACCAUUUAUAUCCUUUCUUUAAAAUAUAUGUAUAUACACAAGUCUCCUAGCAUAACAGUGGAUGUUGUCACUAACCACACAAGUGUUUUUAAUCCUUUUUGAAUUCUACAAAGCUCUUGGCCGCUAAUAUCUUUUUGACGGUGAGUUUCAUCAGUUAAUUAUGCUUUGUUUAAAAACCACUGCAGUCUCUCACUUGAAAUGUGUAGCCUUUCAGCUGCUGCUGCUGGGACUGGUUCUCUCCAUGUACCCCUGUAUAACCUCCCAUGCUGGGGAGAAGGUGAAAGCCCACUUCUUGGGAAUAAGCCUCAUUCUUCCCCCUGGUUAACAGUGAUCCUAUUUUGUUCUUGGUUUUCUCCUCUGAGAACUUGAAAGCUAUUUAACUUUCUGACUUUACUUCAGCCUGUCUCUGCUGAUGGUAUUUAUCUUUAGUGAUUGUACAUCAUAGACUUUAAGGUCAGAAGGGACCCUCAUGAUCACUAGUUGAUUGUUCAUAAUAUUCUCCUAAACUAUGUUUGAGGUUGUUUUCGCCAUGCUUUCCUGCUGUAAAUUCUAAGCAUAACCUAAUGUGUGCUUUUAUGCUUCAAAUAGGGUUACUCCCUGGCCAUUAUUAUGUCUCCUAAAGAUGGGGAGAAAGAACUGCAGGAAAAAAAUCAUAUCGGCUGGCCUUACGUGGUGGAUUAGGGAUUUUCUCUCUCCUCUAAAUCCCCUUGGCAGCCUCCACUACGAAGUGCAGUCCAGUUAGCUGAUAAGAGACCUAACUCUAAACAAAUUGGAACAGGCCACCUCAAAAGUUUCAUUGGAAGCCAUUGGGACUGAAAGGGACCUCGUGGGUCAGUAAAUCCAGACCCCUGCGAGCCCAGGCAACCCUGUCAGAUCAUCCUCUUCAUAUGUGUGUCAAGCCCCAAAACAAGGAUGCAAUCUCAGGGAUUUUAAUAAAAGGUACAGCAAAAUGCUCAGCCUCUGGAAAACUCUAACAUCAGCUAAUAAUAGGUUGUUCCAGAGGGAGAAGAGUUUUAAAGAAUAUCCUGUCCGUUAAAUUCCCUUUCCAAGCUUCAACCCCCCCCCACCCCCAAACAUUCAUUGUAUAUAUUCUAAAGAUAUUCCCUUUACUUCUCAGACCUUACCAUAGUUAGAAUGAUCUACCUCAACUAGAAUGGUAUUAGCUCUGGCAUCACGGUGUGACUAGGAACAUCAGACGACCGUGUAAGGGAGAGCAAUCGAUAGCUUUUCUGUAAAGGUUGGAUUUUUUUCUUACCAAUCAAGGAAGAAAAUUAUUGGCACUUUGCCACAAAUUCUUUUGAGUUAGCUUCUGUGGUGUUUCUGGCAAAACUGAAGCUUAUUAAAGAGAAGAAUUCUGUUUGGUUUUGUGUGUUUUUUAAGAAGUAGGGUAGUGCUAGGCCAAAAGGAACCUUUUAUUUUUUUUAAAUGAAGAGAUAAAUGUAGGUCCUGAUGAGGAUGUUGUGAAUAAUUUUUUUGUUUCCUGACUGAAUAGUGAAGACACUUCCCGGUAAAAUAAUGUUUUGUGUUUAUUCCGUACCAUACCACACCACAAUGCAAUGUGAGUACACUUGAAUUGCUAUUUUUUUCUUUGUCCAUACGCCAUUUUUUAGUAGACUUCUUGAUAAGUUUGGGAUUUUGUUUUCAGCUUUUGUAAUGAUGUGAAUCUUCUAACGUUUGUUUGUUUGUUUUCCUUUAUUAUAGUUAGUUGAUUGUGAUUUUGUUAAAAGGAUGAAUAAAAAUAUAUUUGAUUAA